CAACAAAUAGCCGACCGUUAUGGCGGAUGCAGUGUUUUUCGAGCCAAUGCGCACCUCCGUAUUUGUGUCAGCAGGCGGUUCGAAGAAAAAACUCGCAAAUCAUACAAAUAAGCGAGUAGCUUAUAAAUUCGUUUUUCCGCCUGGUUCGUCUUUCACCGCCAAAGAUCAAGAUAUGUAUGGCUUCAUACCUGAAUGGGGAAAAAUUGAAGUAACACUUUGCAGAAAGCCCGGAAAACCUACCAAUGAAACUAUGGCGAUACAAUUUGCAGCUGCGCCAACUGGUGAUGAUCCAAGGGCCAGUUUUAGCACUGGUGUACCACAAGGUGAAUACACAGGCGAAACACAAGUAAAACUUGUUGGCACCGAAUAGAGAAUGAAGAAAAACCAUAAAAAGCUUAAGUUUGCCUUUCUGCACAUCGCAAUAAAU